GACUAAGUCUGCCCUGAGCGGCUCACUCAUUGGAGGAAAUUGGAUGGGCAACGUAAGCGCUCCUCUUGAAUGGGAAAUAGCAAAAGGGGAAAAACGAGCUGAGCAAGACACACACACACACACACGCGGCAGACUGACAGCAACACACGCACACACGGGGACUGAGUGUCUUGAUGCAGAAACAAGAAGAACCUCAUUAUGAUUUUUCUUUUGGAGUAAACGCAUUUUCGUCAUCAGGAGUUGCUUUUUUAAUUACAGGAUUCGCGUCAUUACGAGCCGUGCGCGCAUUCCUCAACAGGAUUUGCGCAUCUCCAAUUGCAAAUUGGUGUCUGCUCUCCACGAGAGCGUUGUUUUAUUUAUAUUAUUUUUUUCCUGCCCAGCAGAAAGCUUUCAUAGUCAUGUUCGAGCGGCGACUGGCGAAGCAUUUCCUCUGAAAUUCUUGUAUUUCAAAAAAAAAAGAAAAAGAAAAAAUGGAACAACAGCUCUCCAAACCAGAAAGCAAAAACAUGGAUUCGUGUCUGAGACGACUGAAGCAAGAACUGGUGUUUAUGAAAGAAGCCGGGGAUGGUCUCCACGCUCAGAUGAAUUCAAUGAUGGGAGCCCUCCAGGAACUCAAACUUCUCCAGGUUCAGACAGCACUAGAAAACCUUGAUAUUUCGGGCCGGCCCAUUAACCGAGGUAUCCCACAUCCUGCUUCACCAGCUCCUCGUGAAGCAUCAGCUACAGCAGCUUCAACCUCAGACGAGCAUCACGGGUCCUGCUUUAGCCAAACCAUGCCAGAAGAGCCUAGUCAGAGUCCGAUGCCAAGUCCAAGGCAGUCUCUAGAGAGCAGAAACACCUUCAGCCGAGAUGACAGCAGCCAAUCACAAAACAGAAGCAGCCUGGGAACCUCGUCUUCCUCGUCAUCCAGCCUAGAGAGUGAGAGCGACAUAACUGAAAGAAGUGCGAGAAGUGCAAGAAGCGAGAAUGACCUUGAGUCUAUACCCAAGAGGUGGUCAGGGUAUGCAGCACCGCAGGUGGAUUUCUACGGACCAAUGGGGGGAAACCCUCCACCAGAGUCCUACCCCCAUCCACAGGCUCCACGUCGUGCUCAGGUAGUCGACCUGCCUGGGAUCCUGUACAGCCUCUCCAGAGAGGGCCCUUCAUUGGACAGUGACUACUCCCAGGAUAGCACAGAUGACGGCAGCGACUGGACUUCUUCACUCAUGAGCCGCAGCCGAAAUCGUCAGCCUUUAGUGCUGGGUGACAACGUCUUCGCCGACCUCGUGGGCAACUGGCUGGACCUGCCCGAGGUGGAGAGGGACGAGGGUGAAGAAGAGGAAAGAAGGAAGAGGAGGGAAGAGAGGAUAGUGGACAGAGGUGCCGACAGACCAGACACACCAGCUCACCCUCUCCGCCUCAGCCGCUCACAGGAGAUCUGCAAGAAGUUCUCGUUAACCACAAACAUCUUCAAGAAGUUCCUCCGCAGUGUCCGUCCCGACAGGGACAAGCUGCUUAAGGAGAGACCUGGCUGGAUGGCACCUGAGCUGUCAGAGGGCGACCUCUUUAAAAGGCCAAAGAAACUGGUUCCUAAAAGUUCAAAAGGCAGCUUCUACCUGCCGUUCUGGGCAAACGGACAGCAGGGCAAAGCCAGGCCGUGUCCACAUCUAGCUGAAGCCGAGAGGAACCACCAAUGCCACUUCCCCCAGGUCCACCAGCAGCCGUUCGCUGGGAUUUAUUUAGACAGGAGACAGCCGGAGACUGGUCUGGAGAAAAUGCAGCCCUUGUUUGACUACAACACAGCUGUGUGGGUCUGACAGUGAGGCCAACAGUCUGCCAGCGAUGCCAGACUGAGUGAAUGACAGGUGCUGGGUUCUUUUUGGCUGUGCUAGAGGGGAAUGAAUGAAUGACUGAAUAAAAAGGCUUAGCUACAGAUAUUUUCCAAAAAUGAACCGAUGAAUUUCACACCCAGAGAUUAUCAGGGCAACAUUUUGUCUGACAAUCCUAAAACCUAAACCUCGUUUGCUGUGUAUGUCAAGGUGUGUGAAUGUGUUUGAGACGGAGUUAGAGACAAACAUUAUGCUGCAAGUUUUGUAUUAUUCAAAUUUCUUUGUGUGUGUGUGUGUGUGUGCACGUAUGACUGGGUUCUCUGGAUGAAUUAAGACGGUACUUCGAAAUGGACAUCUGUCUCAGAAUGUCACAUCACAUCACAUCACAGAUUCUUAAACAAACAUCCACAGACUUUUUCACUUCUAUGAUACAGGACAGGCUCUCAUAUAUCUCUCUUCUUUGCAUCUAUGAAUAGAAACACCAACUGCUGGAUUGCAUGGUUACUGUUUUUAUAAGUGAUGCUACAAAACAGCUGUUACUGAACGCACUGCCACUGAAACACAGUAAUGUGCUCCCUCUUGUUUCCAACAGGCCUUGAUGCCAUGGAAACUCAGGUUUAACUGAACUCGAUGUCUCAUUCACCUUGCUCAGGGAAUGAAUGUUACACAGGAGUAAACUAUAAGAAACUGCCGCAUUUAAAUAGUUUUUAAUACAGUUUAGGGAAGUCUUGCCUCAUUCCAUCUUGCCUAGAAAGACAUUACAGCAAUACGGUGCAUGACUAGUUCAGAUAUUGCACAUUAAACUUUGAGAUUUGUCCCUCGUAAUCAGCAGUGUUGUGCUUGCUUGCUUGCUUGCUUGUUAGAAACACUCAUUUUUCUUCUCUGCCAUGUGGACAUGGCACACGUUGAGUCAACUGUCAGUCCUCCUGGGUUGUUACACAGAGCAAGGAGGGGGUAGAGAUGGCACAGCCAGUACUGACUGACUGAGUGACUGCCAUCUGGUACCCGGUCAUUAUGAUAAACUCAUUCACGACAGGCUCAAAGAAGAUGCAAAACGGGCUCUUUUUUGUGGAUGAGCUGAAUUAUGGUGAUGGUGUUAGAUACUGUAUAUACACACAUACAGGUGUAUGUAUGUUAGAGGGCUGUGACAGUGAUGAGACAGUUGAGAGUGGAGGUAAAGACCUAAUUUCUAUCAGACAGGAUAGAUGAAGUUAAAUGUACAGAACAUUGUACAUAUUUGUCAUCAACCAAACAGCAGCAAUAAUACCAAGAUUUAUUCUAAUAUCCAUCGCAUGGUUUUCAUUAUUUUGCACAGAUAAAUACAGUAUGUCACAGUAAUAUUGCAGUUCUUACCAUAACAUGUAAACAACAUCACCACACUUGUAUUGAAACCACAAACUGAUGAGUUAAUCGUUGAUAUACAGUAUCUAUUCUCUUGUAUCAUAACAAACCAUUUCAGUGUUUCUCAUUUUAAGUGGCAUCUUAACAGUUAAAAACUUCAGCUUCCUUCACAAAUUCUCAUAAAUAUCAGGAUUCCCCUCAGGAUUACAGAUGAUACUGCCCGCUCCGACUUAAAAAUACGUUUUUAUAGAGGACCACUGUUAUGCAAGGACAAUCUGAUGCUCUAACUUCUUAUUGUAACAAAAAACAGUUAGUUUCAUUAAGUUUUGUU